GUUCCUCAGCUUAGUGACGAUCCGCGCGGCACCCGGACCCUAAUUCGUAUCGUGCUCCUCUGUUGUUACUGUGCCCUCGAAGAAUUCUUGCGCGACAAAUCACGCAUCCUGGUUCCACAUCAGUGUCGGCAACACCAGGCAUAGCCGACGUCUAGGAGGCGGGCGACAACCUGAUACCGCAAACAUGCGCCAGCGCCGACCUCCAUUCUCACUGGCCACUGCGGGGUGUCUUUUCUUCGCACUCCUUUGUCGCGCAGAUAUCGAUUCUCUCGAGGACGACUCCAUCGUCGUUGAAGCUGCUUUCCAAGACGGAGACCUGCACACUCGUUCGAGUCGUGCGCUGCCUUGGGAACGUGAUGCUGGACCCACGUUCUACAACGGAUCCCCUUGCCUAACUUCGAGGGGUGAAAUAGGUCGAUGUACGACAUUCAAAGAGUGCUACCCGUACUUCAAGGUCCCCGAUCUUUCUGCAUUCGACGGUUGGAUCCUUGGCGUUUACGAGUCAUGUAACUACGUGGAUCCCGAUGGCCGCACGGCAUUCGGUGUUUGCUGCUCAAAUCCCCCAAUCAUACCCAGCAUUCCACCUGACACCGGAAGUUUCCCCGUCGUUGAAGACACACAGGUUGGUUCUGCAGAUUCGGAAAAAGAGAAACCACUUCCCCCGAUAGCAUCCUGGCCACCACCGAUUCCAACCCAUCCACCAAAUCACACGAUUCCACCGCUUCCGACUCAUCCGCCAUCGCCUGGAUUCCCUGUAGUUACCACUUCUAAGCCGCCGAUCACGACGACCAAAAAACCCGGCGCCACGACAUGGCCAACCAAGAGACCAUCGUGGUGGCCCACCACCCCAGUCACAUCCGCUAAACCACCCUCACCGCCGGCCACUGUUGCUCCAACUCCAGGAGGCGGCGGAGUUCAAGCGUACUGCGGAUCGAAGAACGGGAAUCAGGAACAGGAACGAAUAGUUGGAGGGCAUAGCGCGGACCUCGGCGAAUGGCCGUGGAUCGCUGGUCUUUUCAACAUGGGCCGACAGUUUUGCGGCGGAUCCCUGAUCGACGAUAAGCACAUUUUGUCCGCUGCCCACUGCGUUGCACAAAUGAGCUCAUGGGACGUUGCUAGAUUGACGGUUCGGCUUGGAGAUCACAAUAUACAAACGAACAACGAGGUGCGCCACAUCGAGAAACGGGUACGUCGCAUCGUUCGGCAUCGAGGAUUCGACCUGCGAACCCUUUAUAACGACGUCGCAAUCCUUACCCUUGACAGUCCCGUACCUUUCACGGAGCAAGUACGACCCGUCUGUUUACCCUCAGGGUCACAGUUAUACUCUGGGAAAACUGCUACCGUAAUUGGCUGGGGCUCGUUGCGAGAAAAUGGUCCUCAGCCAGCUGUUCUCCAGGAAAUCACUAUCCCUGUGUGGACCAACGCAGAGUGCAGAUCGAAAUACGGGGCAGCAGCACCCGGCGGUAUUAUCGAAAGUUUCAUGUGCGCAGGCCAAUCUGCAAUGGACUCAUGCACCGGUGACAGUGGCGGUCCUCUCAUGGUCAACGAUGGCAAAUGGACCCAAGUUGGUAUAGUGAGCUGGGGAAUCGGGUGCGGCAAGGGUCAAUACCCAGGAGUUUAUACUAGAGUAACUCACUUCCUUCCCUGGAUUCAAAAGAAUCUUAAGUAAACGAGCAACGUAUGAAAAAGUUAUUCCGUGGAUUGACGGUGGGGUGGGAGCUUUAUCAAAAGUAAAUAUACAAGCACGGUAUAUCUCGUAGCGAAAUAUGGAAGCGAAUAUAAUUUUUCUCGAUGACGAUUCCGUGCUUCGUAAGCGCGCAUAUACUUAGUAGGUAUACAGCUCUAUUUCAUCGCCAAGGUCGUAAAAAAAGGCUAAUUCUGUAAGUCGUAAUUAAAAUACUUUUAUAUCAUUAUGCAUAUCUACGUACAUAAAGAAAAUAAAAUAAAAUUGUACAUCCC